GAUUCACAAUGUUGAAGUUACAUUUUUUCACUUAAUUUGGAUGUUUCAUAGUGACUGAAUUGCGCUAGUUUUUUGCAUAAAUACCUCACCAUGCCAGCCAAUGUAAUUUACAACAAUUAACAAACAAUACUUUUUGAACCAUCCAAAUCAUGGCAUCUUUCAUGAUACCAUUCAAAGCCCUGUUCUUCCUCAUAGUCGUCCUGCAUCAGCCUCCCUUUGUUUUUGCUUCUUCAUCCUCCGUUGCUGCAAAUGAAACGGAAACUCUUCUAAAAUGGAAAGCUAGUCUUGACAACAACACCCAAACUUUGCUCUCUUCUUUGUGGGUUGGAGGCAACCAUUGCAACUGGGUGGGAAUCACUUGCGACAUGGAUGGAACCAUCACCGAUCUAAGCCUUCCAGAUCAUAUGUUGAACUUGAAAGGUACACUUCAUAGUCUUAACUUUUUUUUCUUCCCUAACCUGGUGUGGCUUAACCUUCGUAACAACUCACUGUAUGGGUCCAUUCCCUCACAGAUUGGGAACCUUUCCAAGCUCACCCACCUUGACUUGUCAUACAAUACUUUUUCUGGGAAUAUUCCAUCCGAAAUUUCCUUAUUGAGAAGUCUUGAGUUGAUUUCCUUAUCAAAUAAUGAGAUCAAUGGUUCCAUUCCACAAGAAAUAGGAAGGUUGAGUUCAGUUUCCAAGAUCUAUUUCUAUGUUAACCAUCUAAGUGGUUCUAUACCUGAAGAGGUUUGCAACCUUUCCAAGCUCACUGAGCUUGACUUGUCACAGAAUAAUUUCUUUGGAAGUAUUACUUCUAAAAUCGGAAGGUUGAGUUCACUUUCUAUACUUGCCCUUAAUGCAAACAAUCUCACCCGUCCAAUACCUAUUUCCAUUGGAAGCUUGCACAAUUUGUCCCGACUUAUCCUCGUUGACAAUAGGCUCAAUGGUUCCAUACCUAAAGAAGUUGGAAUGAUGAAGUCACUUAAUAUGCUUGAUCUUUCAACCAACCAACUAACUGGUCCUAUCCCAACAUCUAUAGGAAACUUAAGUAACAUGGUAUGGCUCUAUCUGUAUGAAAAUCAGCUCUCUGGUUCUAUCCCCAAUGAAAUAGGAUUGCUUCAAUCUCUUAACACGUUGCAGUUGUUAAGUAAUAAUCUCACUGGUGUCAUCCCUGCUUCCAUAGGAAACUUGACCAGCUUAUCUACUCUCUACCUUUAUAAAAAUAUGUUUUCUGGUUCAAUCCCUGCUUCCAUAGGAAACUUGACCAGCUGAUCUGCUCUCUACCUUGGUGAAAAUAUGUUCUCUGGUUCAAUCCCUGCUUCAGUUGGAAACAUGACGAAGCUUGUGGAGUUAAGUCUUCUAUAUAAUCAUUUAUCAGGGCCAAUUCCUUCGUUCAGCAAUCUUACUCAUUUGGAAUCAUUCCAAAUAUCGGACAACCAUUUCAGUGGUCCAUUACCCGAGAAUGUAUGCUACGGUGGACAACUCGAAUGGCUUGGGGCUAUGAACAACAAUUUGAGGGGUCCAAUCCCAUCAAGUUUAAGAAACUGCAAAAGCUUAUACAGAGUUAGGCUUGAAGGAAACCAGUUGACAGGAAAUAUAUCAGAAGCUUUUGGUAUAUAUCCUAAUUUGAAUUAUAUUGCAUUAAGCAACAACAAAUUUUAUGGUGAACUUUCGCCAAACUGGGGGCAAUGCCAUAAUCUAACAAGCCUACGAAUCUCCAAUAAUAACAUUUCUGGAAAGAUACCACCUGAGCUGAAGCAUGCAACUCAAUUACACGAACUCGAUGUCUCUUCAAAUCAUCUCAUUGGUGAGAUUCCCAAGGAAUUGGGAGCAUUGACAUUGAUGUACAAACUUUUGCUAAGUGGUAACCAACUUUCAGGCAAAAUUCCACCAGAGAUUGGAGUUCUUUCAAAUCUAGAACAUCUUAACUUGGCAUCAAACAAUUUGAGUGGACGGAUUCCUAAUCAACUUGGAGAGUGCUCAAAGUUAUUGGACCUGAAUUUGAGCAAGAAUAAACUUGGAGAAAGCAUUCCACUUUCAGUAAGCUACAUAAAUGGCCUUCAAAAUCUAGAUUUAAGUCAGAAUUUACUUAUUGGGGAGAUACCACAACAGCUUGCAAAAUUACAUUCCUUGGAAACAUUGGACCUUUCUCACAAUAUGCUUAAUGGUUCCAUCCCAAAUUCUUUUAAUAAUUUGCAAAGCUUGACUGUUGUGAAUAUAUCUUACAAUCAAUUAGAAGGCCCUAUUCCUAACAUUAAGGCAUUUCAUGAGGCUUCAUUUGAUGCCUUAAGAAACAAUAAGGGACUAUGUGGUAAUGCCACUGGACUAAUGCCUUGUGCUGUCACUGCAACUAGCAGCGGUCAUAGAAAAAGCACCAAAGUCAUCAUUUUCAUUGUGCUUCCACUCUUUGGUCUUCUUCUUUUGCUUUUUAUCAUAGCUGGAAGUUUCCUUAUUCUUUGCCAAAAGAACCAAACCAGAAAAUCCGAGUCAAUCGAGGCACAACUUGGAGAUUUUUUCACAUUGUGGGGGUAUAAUGGAAGAAUACUUUAUGAGAACAUUAUUGAAGCCACUGAAGAUUUCAGCUCCAACAAUUGCAUUGGUUCAGGAGGCUAUGGAGCUGUUUAUAAAGCUGCGCUACCCAUUGGUGAGGUGGUUGCUGUGAAGAAACUUCACCAAUCUGAAGAUAGCAUGAUUUCCAACAACUUGAAAGCCUUUGAAAACGAGAUUCAUGCUUUAUCAGAAAUAAGGCAUCGUAACAUUGUGAAGCUGUAUGGCUUUUGUUCACAUCCGAAGAACUCAUUUUUGGUUUAUGAGUUUGUAGAAAGGGGAAGUUUGAGAAUGGUGUUAAGCAACAAGGACGAGGCAAUGGAGUUGGAUUGGGAGAGGAGGCUUAAUGUUGUAAAAGGAGUGGCCAAUGCCUUGUCUUAUAUGCAUCAUGACCAUUCACCACCGAUAAUUCAUCGAGACGUUUCCAGCAACAAUGUUCUUCUAGAUUUGGACUAUGAGGCUCAUGUCUCAGAUUUCGACAUAGCCAGGCUUUUAAAGCCUGACUUUUCCAAUUGGACCUCACUUGCUGAGUUGGCUUAUACAAUGAAAAUAGACGAGAGAUGUGAUGUUUACAGUUUUGGAGUGCUAACAAUGGAAAUAUUUAUGGGGAGGCAUCCUGGUGAUUUGAUUUCAUGUUUACCAUUAUCGUCAUCGGCAUCGACAUCGACAUCGGUACCAAAUGACAACCAACAAAUUUUACUUAAAGAUGUGAUAGACCAACGUCUUUCACCACCGGUAAGACAAGUUGCAAAAGAUGUUGUCUCCACUACAAAGCUAGCAUUUGCAUGCUUGAAUGGCAAUCCCCAACUUCGGCCAACCAUGCGACAAGUUGCUCAAGCCCUUAACCGUCAAUCGUUUCCGUUGCCCAAUCCUUUCUCAAUCAUAAUAUUGGGAGAAUUGUGGGAUCAUGAAGUUUGCAGCGGCUAAUAUUAAGGUGCUAAUAAUUUGAAUAACAAUUCUAAGCACUCUAUUUCUUUUUCUCUUCUUUGUAUUGAAAAUGUUUAAGCACUCUAAUAGUAAAGCUUUUGUAAUGAAUCGGCUAUGAUAUAAAACAGCUGUGUUUAAGCAUUAAAUUUGUAUAUUCAAGAUUUUUUAUUUCUAAAAUGUAACUAAUGGCCAGACAUAAAAUUUUGACUUUCAUAUCAAUUGUAAUAUUGUAGUACCGAUUUGCUAUAAUACUUUCACUUUGGAAUGCUACAGUAAGUUUAAAAUCGCUUUUUUAUUUGUUUGAAAAAACAAAGAAUACAAUUGGUGAGUACACCAAAUUAUAGUAAACACAACUUCAUGCAAUAACCUUUUGAUUUUUCUAUUUGUUGACCAUUUAUUCAUUGACACACACCAACACAUGAUUUUUCAUAAUUUCAUCUUUCUAACCUUUUUUCAUUUCCUACCUUUUAAAUCAUUCAAAAUUUAAUUGUAAUUGUAUUGAGUACACUUGAAAGGGAUUUGAGUGAUGAUUUUGAAGUAUAUCUAUACAUUUAACUUGUACUUAUUUUUUACUAAAAUGCUAAAAAAUGUCAUACUUUUCUCACAUUUCUCAAAUAAAUUUAUCUUUUUUUAAUCCAAUGGAUAGUACAAAGCAUUAUUCUUAGUUAAUUAAGUCUUAUUUUACAUAAAACU